GGUGCUGGCCUGAGUGAAGGUGCUGCAGCAGCACCCACACAGGACAGGGAGAACCAGGGUGUCUCAGCACCCACAGGGGAACAGGGUGAGCACCCAUAGGAGACAGGGAGAAACAAGGUGUCUCAGCACCCCAUAUAGGAGACAGGCAGAACCAGGGUGUCUGAGCACCCACAGGAGACAGGCAGAAAGAGUGUCUCAGCACCCAUCGUGUGUACGGACGGACACAGGGUGUCUCAGCACCCAGAGAGGAGAGGGACCAUGGCGGAGUGUAGGACACGGACAAGUCUGUUGGCUUUCGGAGUGAUGGUCUUAGCUCUUACCCGGCAAGUAAAGACCCAAGUGGUUCAGGCAGAGAAUGUGACCGUGAUGGAAGGAGACACAGCUGAGAUCACCUGUAAACUACACAGUUACGAUGGCUCGAUUGUGGUGAUCCAAAACCCAUAUCGCCAAACCCUGUUCUUCAAUGGGACACGGGCACUAAAAGACGAACGAUUUCAACUGGUCUCCUUCACCCAAAAGCAGUUACGGAUUGCCCUGUCGGAUAUUCGGGUCAGGGAUGAGGGAGGUUAUUACUGUCAGCUGUACUCUGAAGAUACGCACCACCAGGUUGCCGUGGUAACAGUGCUGGUGCCGCCCAAACCGAUUGUGGAGGUACAGGUAGAGGCGCUGGUCGCCAACAGGCUGGCCAGUUUAAUCUGCACGGUCCCCCGGAGUAAACCUCCAGCUCAAAUCCGAUGGUUCCGUGGAAAGAAAGAAAUUGCAGGAGUGAGCAGCCAACAGCAGACAGGGAAAAUCUUUGAGAUUACCAGUGUGGUGAACUUUACUGUGGACCGAAAGGAUAACGGUGACGUUGUGACCUGUGAGGCCAACGUGCCUUCAAUGAAGGGGAUGAAAAACAGGAUCGACUUCCCGUUGAAUGUACGAUUUCCCCCCGUGGUCAAAGUUCAGACUCCGUCCGUCCACUUGAGAGAGGGUGAUGACCUGACGCUGACUUGCCUGGUUACAGGGAACCCACAACCCACCGAGGUGACGUGGAUCCGUCUGAACGACUCUCUGCCCAGGCGAACGGAGCAACAAGGCAACCGAAUGGUCCUGCCAGCCCUCAGCUCCCUCGAUAACGGCACCUACCUCUGCCAGGCCGAGAAUGAGCUCGGCAGCUCCACCGAUCAGUAUGUGCUGGUGGUACACGACCCGGGUACCGUGGUUGAUGCUCAGCGAUCGGUCAGUUAUGCGGUGGUUGGAGGAGUCCUGGCCCUGUUUGUCUUUGUGAUUAUCUGCAUGCUCAUCGUGACUGUCUGGUUCUCCAUGAGACAGAAAGGUUCAUACCUGACGCACGAAGCGAGCGGAUUGGACGAGCACGGUGAGGCACGGGAAGCAUUUAUUAACGGAAACGAGAACCAUGAGAGGAAAAAAGAAUAUUUCAUCUAGCAAGCGCGAGAGAGAGAGAGAGAGAGGGAGAGAGACGGUCACUGAGUGGCCUGGGAACUGAACGGGCCACUAGUAAACAUUGAUCGACUUUGUUUUUUUAAUAAAUCAAUAGCCUUGUUAUCAGCAACUAUUCCACCUUCCAGUACUGAACUCGGGUUUGGAUUCUGUGUUGUCGGGGCUGGCAGAAAUAAGAGAGCCCACAAAGUUCUGUUCAGCAAACAAUUGGACUCCCGAGGCUAUUCAAGACGGACAACGACAGAGGGAGAUUACUACUUUGGCAACUCUUGCCGGUGACAACGUCCAUUCCUCCCUCCCCCACCACACAAGCGAUUACCCCCCACCUGCCACCCCACCCCAGAGGCUCACACACUUCAGUCUAGCUCGAGGCGAAACAAGACUGAAGGGAGAGUCAACGGGCCACCGUACUUUUUUCUUCAAGAAUGCAGUCUUUUUUUUUGGUGAAUGAGAGUGUGUCAGAUACUGAGAUUAUCCGCCAUCUCCUGGCAGAGCCUCGUCCUGUUCAUGCGAUCCUCGUUUUCUCUCUCGGUUUAAUUACUGCGGUCUCUUCGCCAUGGCGAUUGGCUCCCAUGGACUUACGUCGUUGCCGAAAAUUUGUUAUUUUCAACUAGCUGUUGUUUCUCUGGGUUCUCACUGCUGAGAACUGGGAGUAUUUGAGCUCAUCAAGCAGUAAUACUAACUACGUGCGGCCUGAUUACUGUCCCCUCGCCUCAACUAUCAUAGGAUCACUGCGGCAUAGGAGAAAAGUCACCCGAACCAUCGUGACCGUGGAAGGUGAUGGGUUAAUCAUCAUUGGUCCUGACAUCAUUGACAUUUGAUUGCAAGUUAACCCUGAGAAAGGUGUUAAAGCAGAGAGAAUCCUUGAGAAAUUCUAACCAAUGUUGAAACUGUCUGUGGCUUAAUGAAACGUGCAUUCGGUCAGUUCAGAACACUUUGGGGAUGAUGACUUUGACUCCCGCGGAUGAGCGAGUGUAUCAACUCAAAGAUUCGAUCGAUAUGUUUUAGUCAAUGUAUCAGAUGACAAAUUGGUCUUGUCCCAUCUCAUUACCUACUAGGCUGUGCAGAUAAUAACAUGAUUUACAGCUGAGGAGGGAUUUUUCCAAAGAUUUUCAUCGCACAGUUAGCAGGUCCAAUGCAAGAGUGCUGAAUUUCAGUGGGAGGGAGGAUUGUUUGACAUAGAGUCACAGAGAUGUACAGCACGGAAACAGGCCCUUCGGUCCAACCCGUCUAUGCCGACCAGAUAUCCCAACCCAAUCUCGUCCCACCUGCCAGCAUAGCCCCCCAAACCCUUCCUAUUCACACACCCAUCCAAAUGCAUUUUAAAUGUUGUAAUUGUACCAGCCUCCACCACUUCCUCUGGCAGCUCAUUCCAUACACGUACCACCCUCUGUGUGAAAAAGUUGCCCCUUAGGUCUCUUUUAUAUCUUUCCCCUCUCACCCUAAACCUAUGCCCCUCUAGUUCUGGACUCCCCAACCCCAAGGAAAAGACCUUGUCUAUUUAUCCUAUCCGUGCCCCUCAUAUAAACCUCUAUAAGGUCACCCAUCUCAGCCUCCGACGCUCCAGGGAAAACAGCCCCAGCCUGUUCAGCCUCUCCCUGUAGCUCAAAUCCUGUUGACUCUGACUGGGCAAGUCUUGCUGGUAUCACCUGCUAUCUUAAAGUAGAGCGUUCCAAUGAAACCUUUCACAAGCCAAAAUGGCAUAAAGCGAAGACGCAUUAAUUUAUACAGGAAAAAUAUUUCACCUUUCUCGCAAAAGCAAAAAUCCUCUUUUCGGUUAGCAAAAACAGGUCCUUAUGCAGGUCUUCAAUAAAGGCAAAGUGGGGUAAGGUGAACCUUCAUAAAGCAGGGGAUAUCUGUAUCGAAUCUCCUAAACCUCAAGCACAGGAGGAAUCAGGCUUCCAAUUUGCCUUGCCCAGCACCCUCCAUACAACUGCUUCUCUCAUCCCGUGAGUGAACGUUACAAGCCCAAACCGAUUCUCUUAUAUCAGGUUGGGGGUGGGGGGGAGUUCCUGUAGGUAUCGACACACCCGAGAUUGUUCAGCAAGUCCUCCUUUCCGAUUUUGGAAUCAGACCGAAGGGCAGCAGUUGUUUUGUUUUGGGACCUAGCGAGGGUGGGACGGUGAGAGUGUGCUCUGCGAUCUGCAGCUUGGGAACACUCACGGGAACAUCUGACUCAAGCAACUCCUCUUUGGAAUCGCGUGACCUCCCUGGGCCUUGAACACAAUGUUCCUCAAUUUCCUAAUAAGCAGAGUGUCUCUGUGGACCGACUGUAGAAUCUUGUUCAGGGGAUACCCAGGGCUUGAGGAGUACACAGCUGCCUGGUUGCUUUCUUUUUGACAACGGGACAAAGUGAGGACUGUAGAUGCUGGAGUAUCAGAGCUGAAAAUGUGUUGCUGGAAAAGCGCAGCAGGUCAGGCAGCAUCCAAGGAGCAGGAGAAUCGACGUUCCUGAUUCAUUCCUGAAGAAGGGCUCAUGCCCGAAAUAUCGAUUCUCCUGCUCCUUGGAUGCUGCCUGACCUGCUGUGCUUUUCCAGCAACACAUUUUCAGCUUCUUUUUAACUUGCCGCAGUGACCCAGUGGUUAGCGCUACUGCCUCACAAACGCCAGGGACCCUGGUUCGAUUUCAGCCUCGGGCGACUGUCUGUAUGGAGUUUGCACAUUCUCCCUGUGUGGCUUCAUGGGUUUCCUCCAGUUUCCUUCCCACAGUCCAAAGAUGUGCAGGUUCGGGUGGAUUGGCCAUGCUAAAUUACCCAAACUGCCCAGGGAUGUGCAGGUUAGGGUGGAUUGACCAUGCUAAAUUACCCAUAGUGCCCAGGGAUGUGCAGGUUAGGGUGGAUUAGCCAUGCUAAAUUACCCAUGGUGCCCAGGGAUGUGCAGGUUAGGGUGCUUUGGCCAUGCAAAAUUGUCCCAUAAUGCCCAGGGAUGUGUAGGCUAGGGUGGAUUGGCCAUGCUAAAUUACCCAUAGUGCCCAGGGAUGUGUAAGUUGGGGUGGAUUGGCCAUGCUAAAUUACCAAUCGUGCUCAGGGAUGUGUAGGUGAGGGUGGAUUGGCCAUGUAAAAUUACCCAUAGUGCUCAGGGAUGUGUAGGUUAGGGUGGAUUGGCCAUGCUAAAUUACCCAUAGUGCCCAGGGAUGUGCAGGUUAGAGUGGAUUGGCCAUGCUAAAUUGUCCCAUAGUGUCCAGGGAUGUGCAGGUUAGGGUGGAUUGGCCAUGCUAAAUUACCCAUAGUAACCAGGGAUGUGCAGGUUAGGGUGGAUUGGCCAUGCUAAAUUGUCCCAUCGUGCUCAGGGAUGUGUAGGUUAGGGUGGAUUGGCCAUGUAAAAUUACCCAUAGUGCUCAGGGAUGUGUAAGUUAGGGUGCAUUCGUCAGGAGUAAAUGUAGGGGAAUGGGUCUGGGUGGGUUAUUCUUCAGAGGGUAGGUCUGGACUUGUUGGGCUGAAGGUCCUGUUUCCAUACUGUAGGAAUUCUGUAUAAAAAAAACUAAUCUGCACCAUUUUUUAUUGCGGUGUAAAUUGCAGUUCCCUUUGAAAUUUGGCAUUCUUGCAACUUGGUCCUGAUGCAUGACAAAAGCAAGGCAGGCAGCAUCAGGAGGUUGGGAGAACACAGCAAGGCAGGCACUGAGAACCACCUUUUCUCCAACUGGCUGUACCUUUUCCCAUCCUCUACCCAUGUUGUAACAGGGUGUUGUAUCUUUAGAUUGAAGAUUUGGUCUGAUUGGCCAGCAUGUUGAUUUAUGAUCACUGGUGCCAUCUUCUGCCCUGGGGAGAGUGGGCCGUGUUGGACCAGUCGAGAAAGGGUUAAUUUUCUUUCGUCAUACCUUUGGGGCUGCUUCCGCCCCACCACCCCCACCCCAUCCCCUCGCAACAUGGUUAGGGGGAGGAGGGGUGGCGAAUGAGUCUUUGGGUAAGAGUGUGACCACUUCAGACUGAGGUCGAGAGAUUUCUCACAACCAAGGGAUGAGGGGGAAAGUGGAGGGGGCAGGGUUAGAAGGUCAGCCAUGAUUAGAUUAGAUUCCCCACAGUGUGGAAACAGGCCCUUUGGCCCAACAAGUCCACACCGACCCUCCAGAGACUAACCCACCCAGACCCAUUCUCCUACAUUGAGCCCUGACUAAUGAACCUAACACUACAGGUAAUUUAGCAUGGCCAAUUCACCUGACCUGCAUAACUUUGGACUGUGGGAGGAAACCGGAGCACCUAGAGGAAACCCACGCAGACACGGGGAGAAUGUGCAAACUCUACACAGUCAGUUGCCCAAGAUGGGAAUCAAACCCUGAUCCCUGGUGCUGUGAGGCAGCAGCGCUAACCACUGAGCCACUGUGCUGCUCAUGAUCUUGGAGAAUGGGGAUAGGAGACUUGAAGGGCCCAAAAGGCCUCUAACCAUAAUCAGUGGUGGGAUUUUGUCAUUGUAACUUGUGAAGGAGGUGAUUGUUUUCAGGAGAUGCUAUGGGAUCUUCCUAUGCAUCUCCUUUACCCAUGGCCCAUUGCAGCAAGUCGAUCGUUUACACACAUACACACACUGCCACGACCUUUUCCAAGGAGUCUCCUUAACAAACCGCUCAGGAGGUAAAAAUCUGGGAUCAUUUCUGCAGACGGUUAGUCAAUAGAAGAUCCGUGAGAGCGAUGGGUUUCCAGUUACCCAGUGGGGGAUGAAGGGGGAGUCUGGUCGGCAUUCAGUCAUGCUUCAGUCGCAAUCUCAUUAGAUAGGGAUGGCUAGGAGAGGCUGAAUGGCCUCCUCCAAUGCUUAGCUCGAAGGGCUCUCCCAGCGCAGUGGUAGUGUCCCUAACUCUGGGCUAGGAGGCAAUGGUGGGCUCUAAUGAGAGAGAGCAGCUAUAAUGAGAGAAAGAGAGAAACAGAGAGCAGCCCCCUUUCUCACGGUGGGUGACAUCACGGUUAGCACUGCUGCCUCACGGUGCCAGGAAACCGGGUUCGAUUCCAACCUCGGGCAAUUGUCUGUGUGGAGUUGCACAUUCUCCCCCAAUCUGCGUGGGUUUCCAUCUGAUACACUGGUUUCCUCGCACAGUCCAAAGAUGUGCAGGUUAGGGUGGAUUGGCCAUGUUAAAUUGUCCCAUAGUGCCCAGGGAUAUUCAGGUUAGGGUGGAUUGGCCAUGCUAUAUUGUCCCAUAGUACCCAGGGAUGUGCAGGUUCGGGUGGAUUGGCCAUGCUAAAUUGUCCCAUAGUGCCCAGGGAUGUGCAGGUUAGGGUGGAAUGGCCAUGGGAAAUUGUCCCAUAGUUCCCAGGGAUGUGCAGGUUAGGGUGGAUUGGCCAUGCUAAAUUGUCCCAUAGUGCCCAGGGAUGUGCAGGUUAGGGUGGAUUGGCCAUGCUAAAUUGUUCCAUAAUGUACAGGGAUGUGCAGGUUAGGGUGGAUUGGCCAUGCUAAAUUGUCCCAUAGUGCCCAGGGAUGUGUAGGUUAGGGUGGAUUGGCCAUGCUAAAUUGUCCCAUAGUGCCCAGGGAUGUGUAGGUUAGGGUGGAUUGGCCAUGCUAAAUUGUCCCAUAGUGCCCAGGGAUGUGCAGGUUAGGGUGGAUUGGCCAUGCUAAAUUGUCCCAUGUGCCCAGGGAUGUGCAGGUUAGGGUGGAUUGGCCAUGGAAAAUUGUCCCAUUGUCUUAGGUGCAUUAGUCGGAGAUAAAUGGUGGGAAAUGGGUCUGGGAGGACCAGUUGGGCUAAAUGGCCUGUUUCCACACUGUAGGGAAUCUAAUCCUCCAAUGAGGUAGAGUAGACUUGCAGAGGUGGUAACUGAGGGCUGUGUCUGAAAUCCCACCCCAAGGAAAGUGGAUUCACAAUCCAAAUUUUCUCCAGCAGUGCUGCCAUCUGGUGGCAGCGUUGCCUCACGCGAUGCCGCUCCCUAGUGGUCAAAUGACGUCAUUGCCACUCCCAAAUUUUACAUCUGUCCACCCUCCCAUUGGACUCUAUUCAGCCAGUGCAGAGUGAUGCCAACAGCGUGGGUUCGAGUCCUGCAGUGGAGUUAGUAACACUGAAGGCCUCCCCUCCUCAACGUCUUCCCUUGUGUGAGGUGCAGUUAAACCUCCCCUAAUCAUCUUUCUCUCUGAUGAGAGAACAGCCAUACGGUCCUGGCAGGGGGCGUGUCAGUUUUCUGGCUGAGGGUGGGCCGAGAGGUGACAAUUCAUCCAGGGACCCAGGUUCAAAUCCCGCCACGGCAGACGGUGGAAUUCCAAUCCAAUAAAAAUCAGGAGUUAAGGGUCUGAUUGUGGUCACGAAUCCAUGGCUGAUUAUUGGUGGGAAACCCCAAAUGGUUCACUAAUGCCCUUGAGGGAAGGAAAUCUGUCAUCCUUACCUGGUCUGGCCUCCAUGUGACUCCAGACCCAUAGCCUCUGUGUAAUUAGGAAUGGGCAAUAAAUGCUGGUCCAUUUGUGAA